AUGGCUGAGGAGGAGACCGUUCUUGUUGGCGAUGGACACCAAACGCGGCUGCUUUACACCGAAACUAGCUCGGUCGACAAAGCUAACCGGUUGUUUGGUGCAUGUUACAAUGGCAACACAGUGAUCAUGAUCAACCCUCGGCCCAGCAUGUUUCGACCAUAUAUCCGCGUCCCUGAAGGCACUUACGCGCUCGUCCAAAACCAAGGCCGCGACAUGGAUUUCACAAAAGACGGCGUGACGAGCCCCGUGUGGCCCGCAGGUUUCCACUGGGCUGGACCAUGGACUCAGGUCUCCAAUCUCGUCACGAAGCAGUUCAUCGUAUUCGAGACUCCCAUUAAGGGCUGCAAGACGGCGGACAACGUCACCGUCGGCAUCGACAUGUGCCUCAUUUUCCGCAUCAUGGGAGACGCCUCGAAGGGGGAAGACCCGAACCUGGUGCGCCGCUUUGUGUACGAGCUGGGUCCGAAUGGACUGGAGGUUCAGCUUCGAGCAGCACAGGACGAAGCUGUGCGUGCGUUGGCGCGAAGUGUUCAACACACUGAAGUGUAUAAGCUUCGAGACGGUACGAUGCAGGGAAGCUUCAACACCGGCAAGCUUGCCAUGCUCAACCGUGACGAGUCCCAGUCUACACCAGCGGAAACGGCACCAUACUUCGUGACAGAGGACAUCAAGAAGAACCUCAACGCCCAGUUCAACAAUUACGGAGUUGAGAUAACCAGUGUAGCCAUCACCAACGUGAAGCUCCCGCCGACGUUCGUGGAGCAGAUGCAGAGCCGCACAACCCACUUGAGCACCAUCAAGGAGCAGAACAUGAAGCAGAUGAACGACAUGCAGCUGCUGUCGUACAAGGAGGAGAUCGACACGACCAAGCUGGCACGCAAAAUGAUGCUCAUGGAGGAGGAACAGACGGGCAAAGCCAAGUGCGCGGAGAUCCAGAAGGAGAUCGACAUGGUGGGCACAGAUACGCGGGUGAUUCAAGACCAGAUCGCCCAGGAGACCCGAGUGCAGUGCAACAAGAUCGCAGCGGAAGCCUCACUCGCUAUUGAGCAGAUUCAUGCCGACACGAAGCGUAUUUCCAGCGAGAUUGCGUUCCGGUCCGACACUGAUAUCCGACUGGUGCAGGCUGAGGAGGACGCUUGUAAGAUGCAGCUGCAAGCUGAGGUCGAGGAGCUCAUCAGUGGAGGCGAGGCCACGACGAAGGAGAUCGUUGCUCGAGCGGAGGGGGCAGCAGCGAAGAAACUCGAGAAGUUCCGCGCGCAUCAGCUCGAUAUGCAGCGCCUUGACGUGCUCAAUUCGCUUUCGCAGAACCCGAAGACUGUUGUUACCGGCAACGCGUCCAACAGUCUGCUUGCUGAAAUGAUGGUGGCGAACCAGCAUGGCAAAGUGAUGAUGACCGUGGGCGAGGGUGGUGGCCUCAAAGGAUUGACUCUAGCAUCGUAG